AUGGUUGGUGCGUCCGCGUCCCUCCGGGCCUCCCUUGCGCGGCUGCGGGCCAGGUGGCGCCCGGCUCACCCCACCGGGUUCCGGGAGGCACGCCCGCCUGGGCCGGGCUCACCUGAUCGCUCGCACCCGGGCGCGGCCCUUUACGCUGGACCUCGGUCACGCCGCGCUGCCCAGGGCUCUGUCGCCGCCAGCAAAGCGCCGGGGCACCGCGGCGCGCGGCCACCGCCGGGCCCCCGGGCUCCGGGGCCACUCGGCUGCUACUUCAAUCUGUUGCUUGGUUGCUUCCAAGGGAACCGCUAAGCCUGGUCCACAGAGACUUGGAGAGCUGUGUCCUGCUAGG